GGUGUAAUGUUACAAUGCGUUCAUUCUUUCAUUCUGCUGAAUACAAUUUCAGGUUUAAAAGAGAGCACCAAUCUGAAUAACAGAUUUUUCCUAUCUUAAUUGGGUUCAAAGGUCAGGUCUACUUGAAAGUUUUUCAAUUGCACAACUAGUUGGCAGUCUGUUAGUAUUAAUUUAGCGUUGGGGUGGUCGGCUGAUUGCACCACUUUACAACUAUUCCCAUAGCGCGUAGGACUAAUGAUGCCGUCCCGUAGCGUGUGUGUUUUUACCAGAGUAAAUGAUGCCCGAUAUGCUGCGGGGUACCUCGCCUCCGGGGUUCGCUCAAUGAAGAUCCUCUCUCCGCUGUCUAAUUUCUCUUCACAGAUUAGAGCGCUUUCAGGAAUCAGUGGAGUUGCCCAUGAUAAAAUGACUGACAAAGCAGUGUUCACCCGGGACAAGGUGUUGACCAUCCACACCAUGAACCCCACGGUGAAGAAGGUCGAGUAUGCGGUACGUGGACCCAUUGUGCAGCGUGCGGUUCAGAUCGAGAAGGAGCUAAAAGAGGGAGUAAAAAAGCCCUUCACUGAGGUUAUCAAGGCCAACAUUGGCGAUGCCCACGCCAUGGGCCAGCAGCCAAUCACCUUCUUCCGACAGGUCCUGGCACUCUGUUCUUACCCAGAACUCUUGAAAGACAACAUGUUUCCGGAGGAUGCCAAAAACAGAGCACGCCGGAUUCUGCAGGCUUGUGGAGGGAGUAGUAUCGGUGCGUACAGUGCCAGUCAGGGUAUAGAAUGCGUGAGGCAGGAUGUGGCUCGCUACAUUGAGUGCCGGGACGGAGGUGUCCCCUGUGACCCGGACAACAUCUAUCUCACCACUGGCGCCAGCGAUGGCAUUGUGACCAUGCUAAAGCUGUUGGUGUGUGGCGAGGGCCCAACGAGGACAGGGGUGAUGAUCUCCAUCCCGCAAUACCCUCUGUACUCGGCUGCCCUGGCUGAGCUGGCCGCUGUGCAGGUCAACUAUUACCUGAAUGAGGAUAAGUGCUGGAGCAUGGACGUCAGUGAGUUAGAGCGCUCCCUAUCGGAGGCCAGGAAGUACUGCAACCCCAAAGCCCUGUGUGUCAUUAACCCUGGAAACCCGACUGGUCAGGUCCAGAGCAGGCAGUGCAUUGAGGAUGUGAUCCGUUUUGCUGCUAAGGAGCAUCUCUUCCUGAUGGCUGAUGAGGUGUACCAGGACAAUGUGUAUGCAGAGGGCUGCCAGUUCCACUCCUUUAAGAAGGUUCUGUUUGAGAUGGGACCACAGUACUCCAACACUGUGGAGCUGGCCUCCUUCCACUCCACAUCCAAGUGCUAUAUGGGAGAGUGUGGUUUCCGUGGGGGUUACAUGGAGGUGAUAAACAUGGACCCAGAGGUGAAAGCCCAGCUCACUAAGCUGGUGUCGGUAAGACUGUGUCCGCCCGUUCCCGGUCAGGCCCUUAUGGACCUGGUAGUCAAUUCCCCAAAGCCAGGAGAACCGUCCUACAACAACUUCAUGAAGGAGCGCACGGCGACCCUGAGUCUGCUGGCAGAGAAGGCCAAGCUGACGAAGGAGAUUCUGAACACUGUGCCAGGGAUCACCUGUAACCCUGUCCAGGGAGCCAUGUACUCCUUCCCUAAAAUCAGCCUGCCAGAGAAAGCAAUCAAGGAAGCUAAGGCACUGGGCCAGGCUCCAGACAUGUUCUAUUGUAUGAAGAUGUUGGAGGAAACUGGCAUUUGUCUGGUACCAGGAAGUGGCUUUGGACAGAAAGAGGGAACCUACCACUUCAGGAUGACCAUUCUGCCACCCACAGACAAGCUGAAGAUCUUACUGGCUAAAGUAAAGGAGUUUCACCAGAAAUUCACUAAGCAGUAUUCUUAACCAUCCAUGUAAAGAUGUAUUAUGGGAUUUUUCUGGAUUACUGACAACCUCUCAGUUUGUGCUAAAUGUGUAAUAUGUUGUUUAUAUGUGCAUAUAGAAUCAUUUAUCAUACUGUGCCUCAGAUAGCUAUGAAAUGUCAAGUUUGAGAACAGGUGGUUUUAUUUGACAUGGGGCACAUAUAUGACAUUGUACACAAGGUACGAAAGAGGCACUUUUACAACCAGAGGCUAAAAAUCCCAGAAUGCAUAUUCAAAGGAAUACUUUGAAUUCCUUGAACAAGCAUUAGCACAAUAAUUGAAAGUCUACAGAAACACUUGGCAUGCUACCUGUUCCUAUUGACUUCCAUUAAUUGUGCUAAAGCUAGUUAUCAUUUAGGCUAACACUAGUGGCUCUGGUCGCCUUGACAAUGCACUUUAGCCCCUAGGCCUGCAAAAUUCCAAGAAUUGAUGGACUCAAACUGUACAUGUAACAGCAUAGUGGUUGUGAACACCUAGGAGAUUGGGAGUCGUAGAUUUUAGAAAUAAAAAUGUAAAUGAUAGCUUUCAAAAUGUUGGGACAUAUCAAAUGUAUAGUUGUUUUAUUCCACACACUUGACUUAAAUAUUUGUUAAUUGUCUUCCUAGUUGUGCAAGCAUAUAUGUGUGAGUGGGGAGUGAGUGUCCUUGUCUGAGCAUUUGUGUGUGUGGGUGUGUGUGUCAUGGACCUACAAAUCAAGGCCAGUAUGAUGGUACAGUAGUAAUGUAGGAAAUAAAGAAACUGUUACUACAUUAUUUCCAGCCUCUGAAGAAAUCGUUUUCAAAUAGCUUUUUGUAUUGUAGAAAGGUACAGGAUAGUACUGUGUGUUUGUGUAAGAGAAACCUUAGCAAUAAUUUUAAUUAAGAUAUGAUUUUAUUGUAUUCACUAAAUAAAUAGAAUCUAUUACAGACA